AUGAAGCCGAGCGCUACUGUUGACACUGUACACAAUGACGAGGCGCUCAAGGUGCUCGAAGGCUACACCGGCGACUUUGAAUGGACAGAGAAAGAAGAGAAGAAACUCAGAAGAAAGAUAGAUUGGAGAUUGAUGCCAGUGCUAUGCAUGACAUACGGUCUCCAAUAUUAUGACAAAGCUAUGCUUUCGCAGGCGGCUCUCUUCGGAUUGCGAACCGACUUGAACCUGACAGUUGGGGAUCGAUAUUCGAUGUCGGCCGCCAUUUUCUAUCUUGGAUUCAUCGUCGGUGCCUACCCAACCAUGAUUCUGGCUCAACGAUUCCCCAUCGAGCGAGUCGCCUCGGUUAUUGUCACUCUCUGGGGCCUCACCCUGUUACUGACGACUGUAUGCACAAAUUAUCGUAGCCUUUACGCCCAACGAUUUUGCCUCGGGCUGCUAGAGAGCGGAAUCAGUCCAAUGUUCAUGCUCAUCGUCGGAAGUUGGUACAAAAAGAACGAACAAGCCAUGCGCAUGGGUAUCUGGUACAGCUGCACGGGCUACGUUUCGAUAUUCUCUCCACUGAUUAACUAUGGUUUCGGCAAGCUCAACGGCGGUGUCUCUUCAUGGAGAUACAUGUUCUACUUUGCCGGGUCGCUGACAAUUGUCUGGGGUCUUCUCCUGUACUUUGUCCUUCCUCCCGACCCCAUUCGAGCAAAGGGAUUCAAUGAGAGAGAACGAUACAUCUUGGUUGCACGGUUGCGAAGUAACAACUCGGGCGUACGCAACACCCACUACAAGAUGGAGCAAGUUGGCGAGCUGGGUCUUGACAUCAAGUUUUGGUUGGUUUUUGCCAUUGCAUUCCUCUGCAUGAUUGCGAAUGGACCCAUCUCGACAUUUGUUCCCAUCAUCAUCAACGGCUUCGGAUUCAGCACUCUCAACUCCCUUUUACUUACUAUGCCGGCGGGUGCAUAUGGAGGCACUGUACAACUCCUUAUGCCUUACCUGGCAUACAAGUUCAAGAAUUGCCGAACCUGGAUUGUGUUUGGUGCACAGAUGGGAACCACCCUCGCUGCUCUCCUGCUAUGGCUACUCCCGAGGUCUGCCAAAGGGGCUCUUCUCUUCGCAGCCUACAUCUUACCGUCCGUCGGAGGAGGAUACGCCGUUCUUAUGGGUCUUCAGAUUGCCAACACUUCAGGUUACACCAAACGCUCAAUUGCUUCGUCUGGCCUCUACAUUGGAUACUGCCUCGGCAACUUUGUCGGCCCUUUGGUCUUCCGGAAAGAAGAUGCGCCCAACUAUGCCCCUGGCUUCAUCGUUGUUGUGAUUACAUCUCUAGCUGCGGGAGUGCUCAGUCUCGUUUAUAGAUUUGUCUGCAUCUGGUACAACAACAAGCGUGACAAGGCCGGUAUCAUGGAGGGGUUUGAUCACGCCUACGAGGACGAUCUCACCGAUAUGAAGGUGCAAUCCAAGAUCCUUCACUGUGACCGACUACCCCGUUCCCCGCAUUUCUCCGCAGCCGGCCCAAGCUCCAGCACCCCAUCUCCGCCCCCUCGGGCUCUGGGCCCAGGCUCAGACGCAGACUUUCCUCAUCUCACUGCAACCUCGUCUGGUCCGACUUCUGAAGGAUACCAGAGUUGUACGAACUGUGAUGCCUCGGAGAAAGAGUGCCAUCUUCGGCCUUCGAAGCGGACAAAACGGCGACGUCUUGUUCGACCAGGUCACUCAAGUCGUGUCCCAACACCACCAGCGACAUCGGCUUCUGGUGAUGAAGCAACCGCCUCACAAACGGAUGCCGUUGCCGAUGCCAUCCAUGUUCUGUCAACAGGUUUUAAUGAAUUCGUUCCGCCACCUCCACCUUCCCGCUCUCGCAACUCAGUAUCAGAACAGCCUAGACAUGCCUCGUCCCCGUAUUCAGCUGCCCCGAUUAUGCGCUCCCAAGAAGUCCAUCUUGCACUAUCGCCAUCUCAGAGAUCUCAGAGCAGCGAUGCACGCACUGAGGGCGUUGCAGAGAGCCAUACUGGAGAUAUCGACACUGGUUUCUUACAGGUCUAUGCGCCCGAGAAUCAGUCUGACGCUGAGAAACAGGCAUUAAAGGCGUGCUUGGACCACAAGUACAGUCGCUCGAAUCCCCAUGAACAGGAUCUUCAAGAAAGCUUUGCCGAAACCUACUUCGAGUAUUGCUAUGCCUGGUGUCCGGUUUUAGAUUCGGAUACCCUUGCGAGCGAUAUUGCGCGAUCUCCUCUCCUUGCAAAUGCGUUGGCAACUGCAGCAAGCAAUGUGCAACCUCCCCUGGUUCCUUACGAAGGACCGGCCGAGUACUACAAGAGGGCACGUACAAUAUUUUACGAAGAUGAAGAGGCAGAUGGCUUGACUACACUCAUGGCCAUUUCUCUGUUUUAUUGGUGGGCUCCACGGCCCCCAAGCACAGUCCAUCGACACUCGUCAUGGUGGUGGACGUCGGUCCUUAUUCGUCAUGCGCAGCAAAUGAAUCUCCAUCGUGAGCCUACAGCUAGCCAAGUCGUUUCCGGCAACUUGAACCUGGGAUUGCGAAGGAGGAUCUGGUGGACCGCAUUUGCUCGAGAGCGCUUGACUGCCUUGUGUCAGAGUAAGCCAGCGAUCAUCGAUCUCGAUGACUGCAACAUUCAAGAGCCCACGCUAUCGGACUUUCCGAGCGAUGUCAGGUCUCAAAGGAGAGGGGAAAUUUUCAUUUAUUGGGUUCGUCUCUGUGUUAUUAUCGGGAAAAUUGCCAAAACACUCUCACGUUCGACGCUGCCGACGGCGGAGAUUUCACCCGACCAUCACAGACAGGAGCUGGUGGACUGGGUCAAUUCACUCCCUCCACACCUGCAACUACCCAUCGGUUCAGCUCGCACUCAGAACUUUGACAAAGAUGUGCAUCAGUUACACCUUCCAUAUCUCACCACCAUCAUUGUUCUUCACCUCAAACGCUCUGCCAAUACUCUGCCAGAAGCACUUCCUCCAGCUAUUCUAGCAGCAUCCUGUAUCGCGAGGAUACUGCGCGACAUCUUAUCUCGCGGCAAUACCCGGUUUUUGAUGGCCAUUACUUGCUGGUACACUGGGACGGCAUUCAUACCACUUCUCCAGGCCUGUCAAAUCCCGCACCUGGCGAGAGAUGCCAAUGACUGUCUGGAUAUCCUCGUGCGGGCAGCAGACCAGCUUCAGAUUAUGUGGGGUUCCGCCAACGUCAUUCGGCAGGGUUUCUCACGACUAAGGGGUACCGAAUUAGGUGCGGUCAGGGCCGCAAGGCCGGAGGCAGAGACCACUGAGCCCAUCCAUGAUGGGAUUGGGGUUUCCGUUCCUGGUUCGUCAAAUGCCGAGGCAGUGCCAAUGGGCAGAGAAGGCCUGGAUGACUUCGACUGGACUGCACUGUUCCCAUUCGCUACACAACAUACCGGGGGAAUAGCUGACAGUCUCUUGACUGGUUGGGCACAUGGCACAGCGACAAGAGGCUUUCCGUCUCCAGACAAUGCGCUAUUUCACGAGACACUCGUCAAUCAGUUUGAAGAUUUGUUCGAGCCAUUUGUGGAUUAUCGUUUGGACUUCAUGGUUCCUGGAUGA